UUCUUUUUCAGCCAAAAAUUUUCUCCGCUCUCUCUUUCACAGACCGCGACAAAGUCUCGUAACUGUCCAAACAAGUCUCGCCUUUCUCCGGCGACUCUCCGGCACCGUCGUUUCUUCAGCCCCGUUGCUCGAUCUUCUUCCCUAACACCUCGCCAUGUCGGUAAACACCAUCAAGGUCAGCAACCUUUCCUUGGGUGCAAGUGAGAGAGACAUCAAGGAGUUCUUUUCCUUUUCGGGCGAUAUCGCAUAUGUGGAAAUGCAGAGUGACACUGAGCGGUCCCAAAUUGCAUAUGUUACCUUCAAGGAUCUACAAGGAGCAGAGACUGCUGUGCUUCUUUCGGGAGCUACAAUAGUCGAUAUGUCUGUAACCAUAACUCUCGCUCCAGAAUACGAGUUGCCACCUGCUGCAAUAGCACCUUCUGUAACUGAUAAAGCCCCUGGUGGUGCUGAAUCUGCAUUUCGGAAGGCAGAGGAUGUUGUUAGCAGCAUGCUUGCAAAGGGCUUUAUCUUGGGGAAAGAUGCAGUCAACAAGGCAAAGGGCCUUGAUGAGAAACACCAGUUGACCUCAACAGCUUCAGAAAAGGUUGCUUCUUUUGACAAAAAGAUUGGGCUUACUGAGAAAAUAAGUGUUGGUACUUCUGUGGUGAGUGAAAAAGUUCGCGAAGUGGAUCAGAAAUUCCAGGUCUCUGAGAAAACCAAGUCAGCUUUUGCUGCUGCUGAGCAGACAGUUAGCAAUGCUGGAUCUGCCAUUAUGAAGAACCGAUAUGUGUUUACUUCAGCUGCAUGGGUUUCGGGUGCUUUCAACAAGGUUGCAAAGGCAGCUGGUGAUGUUGGUCAGAAGACAAAAGAAAAAGUUGGAAUGGUGGAAGAGGAAAAGAACAGAAAAAUCGAGGAUGACUAUGCUCAAGUUCUGUCUGAGUCUCCAAAAGCAACUGGACCAAGUGAGCAUGAACCUGUGGAAGGUUUGAUCCUUUGAUUUUCAUCUGUUGUAAAUACCUUCAAACUUUUGGAUGCCAUUCUCUUUUGAUUUAUUGCUUUAAACUUCUAGCAUGAAAGUGGUGAAUGUAGGACAUAUUCUUCCAAAUUUGUUUGACAUGUGAAAUUAAUAUUUUUACCCUUCUUGCA